UCUUAAAUCUCUCUCUCCGCGCUAAAACCGGGCCCAAAAGACCUCCAUUUGCGAAGAGCUCCGAAAGCUAGAUCUUAGCCGCCUCCUCAGUCCUUUUUCCUCUUCCAACUUCACAUUUGGCGCUUUCUCAAUCCGAAUUUCACUCAUUUCUUUCUUCUCCGUCUCCGAUCGAUCCUCUUCUCGGCGAUUUGCUCAGACUUCCCCAAAUUCGCGACCUUUGGAUUCCUCGAUCCGGUGAAGAAGACGAAAGGAGAGGCUUUCUCGGGUUGUAGUUGAAGGUAUUGGAUUGGAUCAUGUAGGAGAGGAUUAGAACUCGGUGAUCGCUUUCGAUUGAUAUUGGGAUUGUCAACAAUGGCGUCGAUCCGGAGAACUCAGUCGCCGGCGUACCAGGACCGGCACUACCAGAACGGAGGAGUGAAUUCGCCGUCUCAUAACUUCGUCUCAAGUACGAAGUACUACUCGCCGUCGCUGUUCUCGGCCGUCGCCGCCUUCGCGGUUAAUUUCCGGCGGAAAGGUCCUCAGGGACUGCGGAGGGCGUUCUUCAGGUGCGCCGUCUUCUUCCUCAUCGGUUUCCUGCUCGGGAUGAUGCCGUUCGAUCACGCCGACGAGGAAAUUCGCGCGCGCGACUUCUCCUUCGACAUCAAGCCGCCGCACGUCAAUGUGAGAUUCAACGAUGGCGGCGGAGCGGUCGCCGCCGUGAAGAAGGAGGAGUUUGUGGUGGAUGUGAGGCUUGGUAUCGAGGCGGUGCGCUCCGAAUCGAGCGGCGACGGGCUCGUCUUCGUGCCAAGGAACCAGCUCAUCGUGGUGACGCCGACGUACAACAGGCCGCUGCAGGCCUAUUUCUUGAACAGGUUAGGGCAGGUGCUGCGGCUCGUGCCUCCGCCGUUACUGUGGAUUGUGGUGGAGAUGAACUCGGCGUCGAUGGAGACCGCCGAGAUUCUGAGGAAGACUGGAGUGAUGUAUAGGCAUCUGGUGUGCGCUAAGAACUCGACGGAGGUGAAGGACCGAGGCGUGCAUCAGAGGAACACUGCUUUAGAGCACAUUGAGCAUCACAGGCUUGACGGCAUUGUUUAUUUUGCUGACGACGACAACAUAUAUUCGCUAGAGUUGUUCUACAGCUUGAGAAACAUUAGCCGUUUUGGCACUUGGCCUGUUGCAAUGCUCGCACAAAGCAAAAACAAGGCCAUCUUGGAAGGUCCAGUGUGCAAUGGAAGUCAAGUAGUUGGUUGGCACACAAAUGAGAAAAGUAAGAGGCUGCGAAGGUUUCAUGUUGAUAUGUCAGGAUUUGCUUUUAACAGCACAAUUUUGUGGGAUCCAAAGAGAUGGCGACGCCCAACAUCAAUUCCUAUUCGACAGUUAGACACUUUGAAGGAGGGUUUUCAAGAGACCACAUUUAUAGAACAAGUCGUGGAGGAUGAAAGUCAAAUGGAAGGCACACCUGCUGGUUGUGCCGCAAUAAUGAACUGGCAUCUUCAUUUGGAAACUCAUAGUCUUGUUUAUCCCAAAGGAUGGUUGCUGCGGAAGAACCUUGACGUUGCUCUCCCCUUAAGUGAUUGAACAGUAAUCUCACAGUUUUGAUACCUGUAGCCUGAGAGAGAUGUAUUUCAUUCGUCUCGGAGAUUCGACCCUAAGUAGAUACGGGCUCCACUCCAGUUAGCCACAGUCAAACAUUAAGCAGCAUCUACGUAGGCACAGUCGGGCAUGACAAAGAAACUGAAGAUUUAUGAAAAUUUUUCCCCCUGCCCCGAUAAUUCUUUUACGAAAACAAGAUUUCGUUUUUAUUGUAGAGUUUCGAUGCUUUGUUUUUGUGGCCUUCACUUGCUUGAUCGACAAAACAGUUAGCAUGAGCAUCCAUACACCCUUGGAAAUGCUGAGGGUACGUUUGUUGUGGAUUUAUACACUGUGUUGACGUAGACCUUGUAUGAAAUGAAGGGCAAGUUGCCCCUAAAUAGUUCAAAUUUUCUAGACAA